AUGAUUGCUACAGAACUAGGAACACAUGGUUCUCUUGAUCACAUCAUCAGGACGCCAGGAUCUACGCCGACCAGAUUACAGAAACAGUAUAUAACGCUUGAUAUUGCCUCCGGUCUGCAAGCUAUUCAUCAAGCUGGCUUCGUUCACGGCGAUAUCAAGCCAGCAAACAAUAUUGUGUCUGCCUAUUCGGAUCCUCGGCGAGAUUUAAUUGCCAAGAUUGCAGAUUUUGGCGGGAGUGUAGAAGUCCAGGAUCACACGAAUCCAGUUCACUUUACGCGUAUUUGGUGUGCCCCAGAACUCAUCAUACCAUUCUCGGAUACUACCUCGGAUUGGCGGAAAGCUGAUAUCUACACCUAUGGCCUCGUUGUGGCAAGCCUCUGGGCUAAAUACCCCGAUCGCGGAAGCUAUGGUGGAGGCAGACUCAUAAACCCGUCAUCAUGUUUCCUGUCGGCAUUCAUACCUCACCCUGAUACUGAAGGGAUGGGCGAGGAUAUCAUCACAUUAAUGAAAUGCGAUACAGAAUCUAACAGAGUAUUAUCUGCACUAGAUCAGAGGCUUGACACUAUUGCACCAGACGACAAGUCUAUGAUCAUGAACAUACUCACGCCUAUUCUUCAAGUUGACCCCAGCAAAAGGCCUGAACAGUUGAUUGAUCUUCUGGAUGACCUGGCAAGCAUUACUGGACGCAAUCUAAUACAGGAAACAUUGGACUCUCAGAAUUCGCCGGAGUCUCCGGACCAUGCUAGGACUUCAAGACCAGGAUCGCGUCUAUGGCCAAAUUUUGUCGUCGAGGGCGAUGGUAUGUUGAUCAAGAAGAUCAUCGCCCAACGAUGUGAAGAAGAUAUCAGGAGCAUCUACUCGCAAGGCCAAGCCAUCGGCAUUUCCGAGUCAUCUGAUACAGUUGAGCAUCUUCACGCUAUUGCAAAACAAGUUUUGGACAUUGCAGAAAAUGCUGCUCAAGGGUCACUAGACUUGAUUAUCUCCGUACUAUUAUGUGCGGCACUUCAGGGUAUUAGCCCCUGGACGCAGCCAAUCUCAAAUGCCGCUCGUGGCCACGGGGAUUUCCGGGUGCAAACACAACUUGCCAAGUACGUGGCAGCUUUGGAAUUCGAAUCCAUCAGCGCCAACGAUGACGAUGGUCUUCGAAGUCAUAAGUGGAUGCAUAUUGCGGCAUCUCAGGGCAUACAAGAGUGUGUAUACAUGGCACCGUUUCUCCUCAUGGGAAGCAAACUUGAAUCGCAAUUCCCACUACGCCUCAACCUCUGUCUUCUCACGCUUUCGGGCUCCCAUAUGGCGCUGCAAUGUCUUGCCGACCGCUGGCCCGAUGUCUUCAAGACAAUUCGAGAAAUCAUGCGCAAAUUGUCGCGUGCAUUUCUUCAUGCUUCAACCUCGAGUCCAGGGGUUUUGUUCAGGAACACAUGUCCUCCAUAUGCUCAAGAAUUACACGACAUUGAACAUUGCGAGGAGUAUAAUGGUGGAUUCCCUCUCAGCCUUGAGGACGCCUUUAAAAUUGGCGCCAUCGAAGAGAUCGAACAACACAUACAGACGAUGGCGAAAGAGGACUGCAAAACUCUCCUGUUCAAACUUGCUCAAUCACGACUGUCAGACGCUGAAGCCACUAGCCUCGCCAGGCUUUCAGUCUCGCAGGGCGCUCGCCUUCAACUCCUCACCAAAUGCCUGAUUCCGGAUGCGCCUGUCGAACUUUACGCAAUUUCAACCAAUUUCCACGGCUCUGCUCUCUCAUGGUCCAUACUUCGUGGGAAGAAGAGAUUAGCACUGGAGAUUUUCUGCCUGCAUAUUGAGCAUGAUACUCCUGUUCCCGACUUCCCAGGGGCCUUGGUACUGAGUGCCAUCUUCCUAUACCACGAACUAAUGGAGGCUCUGCUACUACUCAAGCAGGACAAUCACAGCAUGUGGGAAGCCGAUCCUGACCGACCCAUCCCGACAGAUAUUCAGCCAUUUCUCACCACACUGAUCGCUUCCGCCGGUUCCACAGAAACGUCAUCUAGCUCAAUCGAUCAAGUAUUCCAACAGAAGAUCAGGCAUGGACCAGAUUGGAGGACAGCACGCAAAGCAACUUUGGAAACACUCCUGACGUGGGGCGGUCGAAUGUCUAUAUACCUUGCAAUUCGGCGCGACGAUGUCGAUGCCUUACAAUUGAUCAUUGAGGAUAAGCAGAGGAGCAUGCGCGAAGACGAAGAAUUCUCGUGGACAGUCGCAUUUUUUGAUCACUGGUUAUUCGAGAAUGAGAACCCAACAAUGGUCGUUGGCGAUAUAACAAUAUCUCUACGAUUGUUGCCGAUCUGGUCGGUCACGAUUUCUAAUGAUGCCCAAAACUGUUUCAGUUUCCUGCUCCAUAGUUUUCCUGGGUGCUUCUCAGACAAUAUAUCUUGCUGGCAAGGCGGUCCCCUCCAUUUCGCCUGCUCUUCUCCGAACAUUCUCUAUGUCCGCUCAUUACUGGAGUCGGGUUCGGACUGGAAGGGCUUGGACGAACGGGGUUUCACACCCCUGGUGCACGCCCUGGCCCGGAAAAACAUCGCAGCGGCGGAUCUGAUCAAUUCGUACGCUCAAAGGGACAACCAAGACGCAUUCACAGGAUGCGUCGGCUAUUGGCAGUCUCCCAUUUGGUUUGACUGGAUCAGCCGACGGGACUUGAGAUUCAUCGAGAGUUUUCGAUGGAUUGUUCGCCAUUCUAAUUUACACUUCUUCAUAAAAGCACCUUCCAUCGUACCUGGCCGUGAGGCGGUUAUGCCUGUCUGGAGCUUUUUACUCUAUCGCCCUCGACCAAUGCAAGAGUUCGAUCAGCGAUGCGACCUCGAGAUGAUGGAGUUUCUUCUGAGCCUGGAAGAUUUCUCGUCACAAAUCAACAUCUGCCGAUUGCACGGCAUGCUCCCUCUGCAUAUUGCAGCUUGCUUUGGACAUGUACAAAUUGUUCAGAUGCUGCUUCACCGCAGAGAACUGAAUGUGGAUGUCAACGCCCCCGUUGAAUCUUCUUCCUUCCCAGACUACAGCGAGUUUGUAUCUCAUAUGACAGCCGUUGACUUUGCGACGCUAAAAGCCACUGCACCAGAGCCUCCAGAGAUCUCUUCAGGCGGCUCCAUCGCGGUGUGUAACUGGUAUAAUGACCUUCAUACGAUCCUUCAGUUGUUCAAGGCGAAAGGCGCCAGAAGGGUGUUCGGUGACCCGGAAGCUUCAAAACAAAUCUUCCAGCUCAUGGCCUUCAUGUCUUAUUUAAAGACAGAAGCGCCUGAUGAAGAGAACCGUAAGAAUUCACAUCCUCGGAGUCCGAUCUCAAUUGGACCCUUCGAAUUGGUAGGCAAAUGGCCGAAGCGAUUGUCGGAAAUCGGGCUAGUGAAAGAAGGCCCUUCUUUUCCGCAGACAGCGGGAGGCGGAGACACAGAGCUCCCCAGAGUGAGCCAAGCAGUCAUGGAGAUCAUGGAGACACUCAGAACCUGGACCUCUACAGAGGAAGAGCCUUGGCCUGGUAAUGCAGCGGCCGAAACCGAAAGAGAUGCCUUCAACCCAGCAGGUCGCGGUACACUAGGACAAGACAGGCCACAAGUUCGAUGGUGGGAGGAAGAAAGCCGUCGUAUAUUACGAAAUUUUGUCGAGUAUACGAAGAGAUCUCGCCUUCAGCGUGCACAUGAGCGCAAGAGAAAGGGAAAAGAGAAAGAGGUUGCCGAAGACAUCCCCCACACUGACUCUCUCGCCAGGAAGCUGAGAGAUACAAUUCUGAGCGGGGACCUUGUGGAUGUCAAGAGUAUUCUCAAGCAAGGGGUUUCGGUUGAAACAGAGGAUUCCCUUGGCUUGACACCAUUACACGUCGCAAUCAUGGAGAGUAAACCAGAGAUUGUGGACUUGCUCUUGGAAGAAAAAGCGGAUCCCAAUCACCCUCUCCCAUUAGACUUGGUGCCGUUGCAUCUGGCCGUCGCCUUCCACUCCGUACCUAUGACAGAAGCUCUUCUGAAAGCGGGCGCAGAUCCGCAAGGUAUGCCACAGUCUAUAGCAACGCCUCUUCAGUACAGUUUUGCGGCCAGGUCCAAAGAUGUCGUAUUUUGUAUAUUGAAGAGAAGCAGAAGCAUGGAAGGCUUGGAUUCUCUCGACAAGCAGGCUCUGAUACUGAAGCUUAGAGAUAUCGAUGCGAAGAUGACAGAAGCCUUGGGCACAUUAAUGCUCCGCUACAAAGCGACCAAAUUCGGGCCCGACGUUUAUCCUUUCACACUGCGAAACUACGAUGAUGACUUUCAUUACACGACAGGGUUGCAGGAGAAUGAUGCUAAUGAUAUAGGUGGGCUGGACAUACCACAUUCGACUCUUGACACUGCUAUUUAG